AUGAAAACAAGAAAAGACUUAUUUAAACCAGCCUGUUAUACAUAUGCAGACAAUGCCAGUGCAAAGAUAGAAAUGGAUACAUAUUGCAAUAUUAUUAACAGCAAAGAGAUGAAAAAAGACUUGUGGAAAAAUAAUAUGCAGAUAGCCCAAAAUUCAGAUUUUAAUUGUUUUUCUGCAAAUAAUAUUUUUUCUGCUUCUGCAAAUACAGAAGGAAUUAAAAAAGCACCAUCAUUUCCAUAUAUUUCAGAGACCUCUAGUAUGGAAGUAACAUCUAAAAAGGACUUAAUGGUUUUGAGGCCUGUGACUGAAAUCCCCAUUCAGUUUAGAAAUAUUUUCAAAGAGUUCCCUUAUUUUAAUUAUAUUCAGUCCAAGGCUUUGGAUGAUCUCCUUUACACAGACAGAAAUUUUGUAAUCUGUGCACCAACUGGUUCUGGAAAAACUGUAAUGUUUGAGCUUGCAAUUACCAGAUUAUUAAUCAAGGUGCCAGUACCUUGGUUAAAUGUUAAAAUUGUAUAUAUGGCUCCAAUAAAAGCUCUAUGCAGUCAGCGUUUUGAUGAUUGGAAAGAAAAAUUUGGACCCAUUGGACUCAUCUGUAAGGAACUAACAGGAGAUACAGCAAUGGAUGACUUAUUUGAAAUACAGCAUGCUCACAUUAUUUUGACUACACCAGAAAAGUGGGAUAGCAUGACUAGAAAGUGGAGAGAUAACUCUUUAGUUCAGCUAGUGAGGCUUAUUCUCAUUGAUGAGGUACAUGUUGUAAAAGAUGAGAGCCGAGGUGCUACUCUUGAAGUUGUGGUCAGCCGGAUGAAAACUGUUCAGUCUUCUUUCUCACAAAGUUCUGACAAUCCUAAUUCAGUAUUACUCAUGAGAUUUGUGGCAGUUUCUGCAACGAUUCCAAAUGCAGAAGAUAUUGCAGAAUGGCUUUCAGAUGGCAAGAGGCCUGCUGUAUGCCUGAAAAUAGAUGAAAGACAUCGUCCAGUGAAGCUUCACAAAGUUGUGCUUGGAUUUCCCUGCAGUAGCAAUCAAACUGAAUUCAAAUUUGACUUAACACUUAACUAUAAAGUGUCUAGUGUUAUACAAACAUAUUCUGAACAAAAGCCAACACUUGUGUUCUGUGCCACAAGGAAAGGAGUGCAGCAGGCUGCUUCUGUACUAGCAAAAGAUGCUAAAUUUAUUAUGACUAUAGGACAGAAACAAAGAUUACAAAGAUCUGCAAAUUUAAUAAAAGAAGCCAAGCUUAGGGAUCUCUUAAUUUGCGGAGUGGCUUAUCAUCAUGCUGGAGUAGAAGUGUCUGAUAGAAAAAUAAUUGAAGCAGCUUUUAAUAUGGGAGACAUACCUGUUCUUUUCACUACUAGUACACUUGCCAUGGGAGUAAAUUUACCAGCACAUCUGGUAGUUAUAAAAUCAACAAUGCAUUAUGCUGGAGGAAUGUUUCAGGAGUACAGUGAAACUGAUAUUUUGCAAAUGAUUGGAAGAGCAGGAAGACCUCAAUUUGAUACAACAGCAACAGCAGUUAUUAUGACAAGGCUAAGUACAAGAGACAAGUAUGUUCAAAUGUUAAAUGGUGCAGAUACAAUAGAAAGCAGUUUGCACAAACAUCUAAUUGAGCACCUAAAUGCUGAAAUAGUGCUUCACACCAUCACUGAUGUGAACAUAGCUUUAGAAUGGAUGAGAUCGACUUUCCUCUAUAUCAGAGCUUUGAAGAAUCCAGCUUACUAUGGGUUUUCAACUGGACUGGACAGAAAUGGAAUUGAAGCAAAAUUACAAGAACUGUGUUUGAAGAAUCUGAAUAAUUUGUCAUCACUUGAUUUGAUCAAGAUGGAUGAUAAUCUCCAUUUCAAGCCCACAGAAACUGGACGACAGAUGGCUUGGUAUUAUAUUGCAUUUGACACCAUAAAAAAAUGUUUUGUGAUUAAUGGAACAGCUACUUUAUCUGAACUGGUCAUAUUGAUAUCUGGUUGCAGUGAAUUUUCAGACAUCAAGUUAAGAACAAAUGAGAAAAAAAUACUGAAUUCCUUGAACAAAGACAAGAAGAGGAUGAACAUAAGAUAUCCAAUGGAAGGAAAAAUAAAAACAAGAGAAAUGAAAGUAAACUG